AUGGAAAUUGAAAAACUCGUGGCACUGGGAACCAAACUAGACCUCUCGGGAGCAGAACUAAAAAGGUGGAUAGAGGAAGAGACCGCCAAGCAAAGAGAGGAGAGAGCCUUAGAGCGAGAAGCUACUAGGGAGGCUACCGAGCGGGAACAAGAGGCGGCGAAAGCAGCCGCCGAGAGGGAGCUCGAGAUAUUGAGGCUGAGGCUAGAGCUUGAGAACAAGAAGGAGGGGAACCGCUCAUCCGGAGCAGGAACUGACCUCGAGGGUCAUAGCGUUUUGAAAUUGAAUCCGAACAAGCUCCUACUCGCCUUCGACGAAAGGAAGGACGACCUCGACGCUUAUAUAAGAAGGUUUGAGGGAAUUGCCUUAAGUCAAAAGUGGCCAGAAAGCCAAUGGGCCACCGCCCUAAGCACGUGCCUCACGGGGGAAGCCCUUAGUGUGUAUGGGCGAUUGCCGCCCGUAGAUGCCGCCGAUUACGGCAAAGUGAAAGCCUCGCUGCUGAAGAGGUUCCGGUUCACCGUUGAAGGCUUUCGCGAUAAAUUCCGUGAUGGGAAGCCAGUAGAUGGAGAGACAGCCACUCAAUACGCCGCCAGGCUUGGCCACUACUUCGACCGGUGGGUCGAGCUGGCCGCAGUGACCAAAGAUUUUGAAGGUCUCCGAGAGCUGGUCAUCAAAGAGCAGUUCUUAAAGGGUUGUCAUCCAGCCCUGGCCAUCUACCUGAAGGAAAGAAAACAGCCACAUUUGGAAGGACUGUUGGAGAUGGCCGACCAGUUUUUGGACGCGCAGGGUCACAGUAACCUGGGGAAAGCCGGGAAAGGCGAGGCCGAACCCUCAGCGAAGAAAAGUAGCGAGGGGGGCGGGCCUCCGCGGCCUGCUAUGAGGUGCUACCUCUGUAAUAAGACGGGGCACAAAGCUGCACAAUGUCGUAGCCUGUACAACACCGGACAGGUGCCCACAUGUCAAAGGUGUGGUAGGAAGGGACAUAAGACGGAGGUCUGCCGGGGCCAGACAAAACCUCAGGCGUCAGGCAUCUAUAUGCCCCGACAAGACAGAAAGGACGGAAACGUCACGGAUGGGUUUUUAGAGCUGAAGGAUGGGACGAAAAUUCCGGUCGUCAACGCGGUAAUGACCCCGCGUCAUAAGUUCCUGGUCGAGGGAAUGCCAGUCGUUGAGGGCACAAUCGGACAGAAAAAGAUAACGGUUCUGCGCGACACGGGUAGUAACACGGUCAUCGUAAGACGAGGAUUGGUCGACGACGGCCUCCUCACUGGAACCAAAAAGCCGGUGUAUCUCGUGGAUGGAACCGUGAAAAUGCUUCCCGAGGCCCAUAUCCACGUUAAAACGCCCUACUUCAACGGAGGACUCAAAGCCCUGUGCAUGGACGGGCCCCUGUACGACCUCGUGCUCGGCAAUAUUCCCGGCGCUAGAGAACCGGACGACCCCGCGACUGAUGUAGGGGUGGGGGACGACCCGAUACCGACGGAGCGAGUGCAGGAGGACCCGGCGGAACGUGACACACAGGAGAGCCAAGACGAGCCAGGACGCGAAACCCGGGCGGAAGUGGAAGAUCCCUUAACUCCGGCGUGUGCCGUGGAAACCAGGACCCAGAGUAAGAAAAAACAAACUAGAUUGAAAAAACUACACGUGCCUCAAAUCGAAGGGCUGGCCACCGACACGCCGGGCUUUGCAAAGGAGCAGGAAGAGGAUGACACCCUGCGCCCCUGCUUUAAGCGGAUUGGGGAAAAGGUUGCCCAUGAAAGCAUUAUGGCGGGACACCUGGGGCAGGCGAAGACGAAGAGCCGUAUCCUGGAAGAGUUCUUCUGGCCGGGAUUGGGCUCGGACAGGGUUGCUAUCGACAUCGUGGGACCGAUGGCUCCGGCAUCGGGCCGAGGGAACCGGUACAUACUGACAAUGGUAGACUACGCGACUCGCUACCCGGACGCCGUGGCUUUGCCCAGCAUCGAAACCGAAAGAGUGGCAGAGGCCCUGGUCGAGAUGUUCGCGCGGGUCAGAAUGCAACGAGAGAUAUUAAGCGACCGGGGCUCGAAUUUCACUUCCGAGCUAAUGAAAGAGAUCAGCCGGCUCCUGUCGAUAAGACAGUUGCACACGUCCCCCUACCACCCCAUGGCGAAUGGAUUGGUGGAGAAGUUCAAUGGAACACUUAAACUCAUGCUCAAGCGAAUGUGCUCCGAGAGACCCAAGGAUUGGGACCGGUAUUUGCCCGCAUUGCUGUUUGCCUACCGGGAGGUGCCGCAGGCGAGCCUCGGCUUUUCGCCUUUUGAAUUGUUGUACGGUCGCCACGUCCGGGGCCCGCUAGCCAUUCUGAGAGAGGUGUGGACCAACGUCGAGCUCGACGCAGAGCUCCGGACCACCUAUGAGCACGUGCUCGACCUCAGGAAUCGCCUCGAGGAGACGUGCAAAAUCGCCCACGAGGAACUCGCGAGGUCGGGAGCUCGUUACGCUCGAUACUACAACCGGAAAGCCAAGGAGCGGACUUUCCAGCCGGGAGAGAAGGUGCUCCUACUGCUCCCCACGGACAACCACAAACUUCUGCUGCAGUGGAAGGGGCCCUUCCUCGUUACGAGAAAAACAGGAGAGGUCGACUACGAGAUCCAGACCGCGACCGGCCUGAAAUUGUUCCACGCUAACCUACUGAAGAAAUACGAGGAGCGGGGAAUCGAGAAGGAAGACGAGCGACAGGCCUGCGCGGUUCUCUCACUGACGGAAACCGAAGACGACCAGCCGAUCCCUCUACCAGCAUUCCAGAGAGAGGAAGGCCCCGGAGACGCGAAAGUUUCAUCGAAGCUUAGUGCUGAGCAAAAGUCGCAGCUCGACCGCGUAAUGCGCAGCCAUGAGAACAUCUUCUCUGACGUUCCGGGAAAAACCACAUGGAUACAGUGCGAGUUGAAGCAGACUACAGAUACCCCCAUCUAUGUGCGACAAUACCCACUGCCAUUUGCGACCCACACGAAGGUUGAGGAAGAGGAAUUUCCUUUCACUAUCGAACAUAUCAAGGGCAGCGAAAAUGUGGGCGCUGAUUUCCUAAGCCGCUUGUAA